AUGUCGGACGACAUGAAUCAAGAGCUCGAGCGUAUUCUGAAUGAGGCGGAAGCUGCAGACGAGAGAUGGGCCGAGAUGCAGCAGGAGCUGACACAGCUGGAAAUCCCAAGUCAUACACUUGAUGACGAUAGGCUCAAGGACCACAGAAGCGGGCUGUCCUACAUUGGUUUCCGAAGGCUUCUUUUAGCACAGUAUCUCGUCGAUGUUGGAGCUCAUGCGCUUCCAGGAGAAGGACUCGGUUUCGGUUCAAGUGACCGAAAAGUCCGUAUUGCUGAGUUCUAG